AUGUCUGAGCAGCUGAGUAGACUGCAACCCGUGCAACGGGUCAUCGAGCGCAGCCUCGAGAACUUCAAGAAAAUCGGAAGGAACAACCUGACCCCUGCGACAAUACGGUCCAGAAUGUCCUGUCUCAAAGAAACAUGGAUCUCGUUUAUGAACAAGCACGCAGAGUUGGAGCGAGCCACCCCCGAGGCAACUAGGUCAUCAGUCACCUACUUCAAGGACAACCACUUCGACAAAACCAAUGACGCCUACGAAAAAGCCCUGGACUACAUGGCAGAGUGCCUCGAGGCCCUCGAGCCGGCCGUGAGUCUGAACCAAUCGUUUGCGAAUGUUAGUGUACGUCCGGACACCAACGGUUUUUCGCUAUCCCAUCUUCCGCCCAUUCGAUUACCUCCGUUCGACGGUAAUUACGACGAAUGGGACCAGUUUCGGGAUCGGUUUACGGCGUUAAUUCGCGAGAAUAAAGAUCUCGACAACUUUGCUCGGAUGCACUACUUAACUUCGUGCUUAAAAGGCCGCGCUUUGGAGAGUAUCGCGAACAUUGCUAUUACCGCUGCUAAUUUCCCGGUUGCGUGGAAAACUCUGACAUCGCGCUAUGAGAAUAAGCGUCGCUCCCUUCAUGUACAUUUCUCCACGAUACUUAAUCUAACGCCCCUUAUACGCGAGUCGGCUUCGGAAUUGCACGCUUUGCACGAUAAGGUCAACGUCGCGGUAGCAUCAUUAGAAAAUCUUCAGCGAUCCCCGACGGAGCUUUGGGAUGAUAUCCUCGUUCAUAUAGUCGCGCAGAAGCUCGAUCCGAUCACGCGCAAAGCGUGGAAUUUGAAGGAAGGCGACAACGACACUCCGCCGUCGUACGCCGAGUUUAAGCGCUUCUUAAAAUCGCGAACUCGAGCGUUAGAAAAUUGCGCUCCACCUCCCUCCGUUAAAGCGUCUGCGAAAAACGCGGCUGCGCCGCGAGUAUCCGCCGCUACUGCUUCGACAAGCUCAGCCGCGAAGUGUCCGCUGUGCCAAGCGCAGCAUUACAUAAACGCGUGCCCGAAGUUUGUCGGGGGGAAUCCGAGUCAACGUCGCGAUCUAGUCAAACUACAUAAAAGAUGUUUCAAUUGUCUCAGCGAGAAGCAUUCCGCUCAAGCGUGCAAUAGCAAAUUCUCGUGUCGUGUGUGCCAUAAAAAACAUCAUUCCAUGUUACAUAUUGACUCGAAUUCCUCCGCCGACCCGUCGGGAAGCGUCUCGACUACCGGCUCAUCACCUCCCGCCUCGGACAUUAAUCCCGAGGUACACUCUCUAUCGGCUUCUACAACGCGUACUCGAUCGUCGGUUCUGCUGGCCACUGCCUGGGUCACUGUUCGCGUACCAUCCGGUCGGUCCGCAGUGAUCCGCGCGUUGCUCGAUCAGGGUUCCGAGAUGACGUUUAUCUCGGAAAAUCUCGCGCAACUGCUGCGGGCCCGUCGGUGUCGCAUGCCUAUCUCCGUUACUGCCGUCGGCGGCAUUCACGCCGGAACGUUCCGUCACGCGACGCAGAUUUCGAUAUCACAUCGCCAAUCUCUUACGCCGUCGUUCAGUACAACCGCGCUCAUUCUCGGCUCUCUCACCUCGUAUACCCCGAAACGAAACACGGCGCCCUCAACACUCUCUCAUCUCGAAACCCUGUCAUGGGCAGAUCCCGACCCGACAAGUCCUGAUCCGAUCGAGGCUAUCAUCGGAGCGGACUUAUACAGUAGCUUAAUUCUCGAUGGCAUUAGGAAAGGCGGUGUGGGACAACCUAUGGCGCAGAACUCCGUUCUCGGAUGGGUCAUUUCCGGCCCGAUCAAAGCAGACACUGAAUCUCGGUCGUCGUCGACGCCUCAUUCGGUUACUAGCUCUCUCGCUAAUAUCUCCUCUUAUCAUAUUUCCUGCUCUCCUUCUCUCGAGCAAGAACUUCGUCGAUUCUGGGAAGUCGAGGAACUUCCCCAGCGCCAGAUUCUCACGCCGCACGACAAACAGUGCGAGGAACAUUUCAGCUCCACGCACUCUCGCGAUUCAGACGGACGCUAUGUCGUGCGUCUCCCCUUUAAGAAAGGCCCUCCGAUCGAGAUCGGUAACUCCCGAGUCCGCGCCGAAAAAAUGUUGAGCACGCUGACCCGUCGACUCCGCGCGGAUAAGCCGCUCUCAACGGAAUAUCACUUGUUUCUCGCGGAAUACGAACGACUCAAUCACAUGAGACCAGCCGUGUUCUCUCAACGCGACGAGGAACAAUCCGUCUACAUUCCGCAUCAUGGCGUUAUUCGGGAGGGCAGCGCGACCUCCCACAUUCGCGUCGUAUUUAACGCUUCGAGCGUGACUUCCAACGGUACGUCUUUAAACGACCAUUUGAUCGCGGGACCGAAAUUACAAAACGAAAUCACUGCCGUAAUCUUACGUUGGCGUCAAUAUCAGUACGUCUACUCGGCAGAUAUAGCAAAAAUGUAUCGCCAGAUUCGCCUCGAUCAUCGUGACAUCAAUUAUCAACGCAUUCUAUGGCAACCGUCAACUCGUGAACUUCCGACCGAUUAUCAAUUACUAACGGUGACUUAUGGAAUGUCAUGCGCGCCUUUUCUUGCUCUUCGCGUCUUAAAACAAUUAGUUCAGGACGAGGGUCAUCUCUUCCCGCUUGCGGUCCCCGUUCUCCGCGAUAAUAUUUACGUCGACGACGUUCUUUUCAGCGCGAACGACGAGCAUCUAAUAAAACAAAUACGGGAUGAGUGGGCGAGCAAUUCGUCCUCUUUGCUCUCUGAUAUUGACGGCGCGGAUUUCGGCUUGGCUUGUAAUAAGCAGCUCGCUCAAGACGAGCAAUUGAAGAUUCUCGGAAUCGGGUGGAAUCCGGCCACCGAUGUUUUUGAAUUUCGCGUGUCCCUCACGGAACUCGUUCCAACUAGCAAGCGCGCUAUUCUUUCAACCAUCGCGAAACUUUACGACCCGUUAGGGUGGGUAACUCCGGUGACUAUCACAGCAAAGAUUCUAAUGCAAACCUUAUGGCGAUUAAACCUCGAUUGGGACGAUACUAUCUCCGCGAACCUUCUCGAUAAGUGGAAAGAAAUUUACCAACGAAUCAGGCUCCUUAGCCAGUUACAGAUCCCUCGCUGGAGUGGCCUCGGCCCGGAUAUCCGUCACGCGGAGCUCCACGGAUUUGCCGACGCGUCAAAUGUCGCGUACGCCGCCGUCGUUUACCUUAAAGUCGUUUCCCCUUCAGGCUCUGUCACGAUUACGUUGCUCGCCGGUAAAGCCAAGGUCGCGCCGUUGAAACCGCUGAGCGUACCUCGUCUCGAGUUAUCGGCCGCUUUGCUUCUCGCGCGACUCAUGGACUUCGUUCGCGAAACUAUUGAAGUAAAAUCUCUCCCGUACUAUUGCUGGACGGAUUCCACCAUUGUGCGUGCGUGGGUCACUCAGCAUCCCUCUCGAUGGAAGACGUUCAUCGCCAAUCGCGUUCUGGAAAUUCAGUCUCGCCUUCCACACGGAGAGUGGCGGCAUGUGCCAACCGACGAAAACCCCGCGGAUUGCGCUUCGCGCGGACUCUUCGGUGAUGAGAUUCUCGUUCACGAUCUCUGGUGGCGCGGUCCGCUAUGGCUUCGCCUGGGGAUUGACGACUGGCCACGUCAGGAAACUAGUCUCCCGCAAGAUGCUCCUCUCGAGGAGAGAAUUGUCGCUCUGCAGUGUUCGCCGCCGCUCCCGGAAUGGGAUUUAGCAUCACGUUACUCAGCGUGGCCAAAGCUUAUCCGCGUUACCGCAUACGUUCUCAAGUUUGCAAGCCUCUGUCGUCAGUCUCAUCCUUGUCGUACGCCUCGCUCAUCAUUGUCCUCCAGCUCACCGUAUGAUGACCGCCCCUCGCAAAGUACGGCGAUCACCGCCUCUGAUUGCAACGCUGCUAAAUUCCUGUGGCUCAAACGAAUUCAAGCGGAGUUAUUCCCCAAGGAAAUCAAUUCGCUCGCGAAUAAACGGCCUCUCUCUUCGAGAAGUUCACUUCUCUCCCUUAGUCCGUUUCUGGAUAAUGACGGAGUUCUGCGCGUCGGCGGGCGGCUUAGCCAAGCGCCUCUUCCCUUCUCUACUCGCCACCCGGUACUUCUGUCACACCAUCCACUCGUUACACUCAUCGUGCAUCAGGCUCACUUACGAGCGUUGCACGCCGGACCUCAGCUCACCUUAAAUAUUCUUCGACGCGAGUUUUGGAUUAUUCGCGCUCGCACUCUCAUCAAGUCUGUCAUCCAUAACUGCGUUACCUGUAUUCGCGACCGCGCCGCGAUUCCGACGCAGAUAAUGGGAAAUCUUCCGGCAGCCCGAGUCACGGCGACCGCUCGCAGUUUCGCGCAUUGCGGCAUCGACUAUGCGGGACCCGUCCGAAUUCGCGCUUCCGCGGGGCGAGGUAUUACCUCGCGUAAAUCAUACAUAGCACUCUUCAUCUGUCUCGCCACUAAGGCGAUACAUCUGGAGUUAGUCGGAGAUUGCUCCACGCAAGCCUUUUUAAAUGCCUACUCGCGGUUUUGCGCCCGUCGCGGGCUCCCGCAAACUAUGUACUCGGACAACGGGACCACGUUUGUCGGCGCUGAUAGAGAGUUGACUUCGGCGUACCGAGCCGCAGUACGAGACCCGAAUUUCUUAAACGCUACCGCCUCCGACAGCGUUGAAUGGAAAUUCAUUCUCCCGUCUGCCCCCCAUUUCGGCGGACUGUGGGAGGCAGGCGUGCGAAGCGUAAAGAAUCACCUGCGUCGAGUCUUAGGUAAUCACACGUUGACCUUCGAGGAAUUCUCCACCCUACUAUGCAGAAUCGAAGCCUGCUUAAACUCCCGUCCGAUUGCGCCUCUCUCAGAUACCCUUGACGAUUACGAAUGUCUCACCCCCGGCCAUUUUCUGAUCGGAUCCGCGCUCACGGUGAACCCGGAGCCAUCAUUGCUCAAGCUUAAUGAGAACCGCCUUUCACGAUGGCAAUUAGUGCGACACGUCACGGAGCGAUUUUGGAAAUUGUGGAGCCAAGACUACGUGAAUACUUUGCAGCAACGAGCAAAGUGGCGAAAGGUCGAACCGCAAAUACACUCCGGUCAAUUGGUACUCCUACGGAAUUCGUCGCUCCCCCCAUGCAAGUGGGAGCUUGGCCGCGUGACGCGCUGUCACCCUGGCUCCGAUGGAUUCGUUCGGGUGGUCACCGUGAAGACUGCCACUUCCGAGUACCAAAGACCUCUUGUAAAAUUAUGCGUCCUGCCUAUAUCGAGCGACGAGACAAGCACAUAG